AUGGCUUUCCAACCACUUUCAGCUGGGGAUAUCCUUAUGCUGAGCCAACAGGCGUGGAGGGUAGGACGCGCCUUCACGAAAGGCAAAAGCAGCGCGCCAGCUCAGUUCGCGGAAGUCGAGCGGGAGGCAAAUGGUUUGAGCGACGCACUGAAGAUUACUGCCGAAACGCUGCACGACGAUGGCAGCAUUCUCGCCAGAGCAGAGCACGAGACUCGAAUCGCUGUCAACGCGAUACUGGAGAGUGCGGCUCGAACUCUGGGCGACAUGGAGUCCUUCGUUGAUCGAUACCAGGUCGUCCGCCAAAGACCGACCAGUGGUGGAUUUGUUGUUGAGAAAACCUGGAGCGAGGUCAUCGUGGCCAACUAUCGGACGUUCAAGUGGACGACCGAAGGCGGAAACCUCACAGAUCUUCGCAACAUGCUGCAGAUGCAUACCAACACCCUCUCACUCACGAUGCAGGCCUUACAGUCACGCUCCCUGGCCAGACUCGAGCGUGCGGUUCUGCCCAUUGCCGAAAACAUCAACAGCAUACAUGAGCGUGUCAACGGUGACCUCGGCGACAAGAUUGAUGAUCUCCACCACAUAAUCAUGGCUAUUGCUAACAGCACUCCUUCCCUGGUGGCGCGGGACCGGGCGGUGGAGCUGCCUACGUUCGAUAUGGACCAGGAACACGACGCUGUGGCUUCCCUGCCAUCGCGACAGAUUCUACUUACCGAUCGAAGCCCGCGCGACUCUGUUCAGUCGACAUCAACAUAUACUUAUCCCCAGCGGAGGAGUGAAGGGAAUCGUGCCUCUAGUAUGGAUUGUGCCUCCGAGAACGGACGGUCUUUGGAAGCGCGCCGCUCCACCGGUAGAGCGCGCACCGACAAAUGCGGGCAGUAUGACACAGUAUCGCAACCAUCCCCAACUUCACCGCGCAGAAUCUCGAAUUCUUCAAGGCGAGAAUCAACAUCGUUACCGACCCUUCGUCAAGGUACUGAGGACCCGGACCUCCAAUCUGGUAGCCCCCGCAGUACGCAUUCCCGUCGAGUAUUGUACGACACGGCAAUGUCGCCCGUCUCGCCCCGAAGAACAGAAUCGUGGCGGUCUUCCAGCACUCACGCUCUCUUGCCUCCGCCAGCGCUUUCGUGGAGUCCUACUCGUCAGGACCACGUACCAGCCACCCCUUCUUCAGUGUUCACACAAGGCCAACGCCAGCAGAGCGACAGCAGACCGGACGACAGGCAGUCCCGACUACCUUUGGCAAAGUCCGCAAGAGCAGACUCACCAAUCACUCCAGCGCUCUCAAGCUUGCAAUUGUUCGAGAAAUCGCUCUUCUGCAACGCAGCCAUCUUGUGUGACGUGAGAUGCUCUGUAAUCGAGUACGCACAAACUCUACCCGACGAACCAGAUCCGCGGUAUAACAUUGAGAUGGUCGAAGCGUGUCAGGACGCCAGAAUCGUCGUCAUUCGCAAACGUGAAAACCGGGAACACGGCGGAACAAGGCUCGCAACAUCUAUAUGGGCGUUGUCUGACGACGGGACUAUUCGAUGUCAACAGAAAUUGUCAGAAAUCGCAGAUACCGUCCCUUACUGCUCCUACUUCCAGCCGGAAAAAGUCUCGAUCGGCGAUGCGGAGAUGUGUCUCCGCUUUCAUGGCCUGAACUGGACCGACAUGGCGAAGCAGGACGUCAAGACGAAUUGGGUUAACUACAUCCUGGAAUCUGAGAACGAUGCCACCUUGUUCCAAUCUGCUGUAUUCGGCAGACAACUUCUCGGCAGCUUCCGCACCACGAAGACGAUUGUCCUCCGCCAAGGACUCAUGGGCACCUUCGCUUUCGAAGAACAGUUCGCCAACAUCGAGACACUUCGUCUAUGGGAAGACGACGGCGUCGCAACUCCAGGCGCCCAAGGCGGGGUCAUGGCGCUCAUGCACAUCUCCUCCAACUUCGGCGAAGGCUGGGCGAGGUGGUGGAUGAAUAGCACCAAGCAGCAAGUCCAUGUGAAAGGCGAGGGCUUCAAAUGCGCUCGUCUGAAGGGUAUAGAUGUGACUGUCGUGAAGCCUGGGAUCAGCAUUGAUGCGGCAGACCGGAUACGGCGCCUCAGCAGUGCUGCGAAUGCUCUGCAGCGGAUGGACACGAAGGACAGUCUCGCCGCGCCGCAGGUCACGAUGAAGCGGCGUCCGGUGAAGAAGGUUACCGGAGUGAGGAUUGAAUUUAGAGACGACGGGGAGAGGCGAAGAUUCGUUGAGGCGAGCGGGCGGCUGCAAGAGAGGUUGCUUCCACUGCCUGAUCUGUAG